CUUCUGUUAUACGGUAUAAACAGUAAACUUAAAAAUUUUGUUUUUAUAACAAUAUUAAAUGUAUUUAAUUUUUACGUACAUGUUAGGUAAUAUUGUGUAUUGUUAGUUAUAAAGCUAAUUUUCCCUACUUCCAUACAUUUUUUCAAAUUAAAUUUUUUCUUAAACUAAAAAACAAAAAAUGGCUCUUGCAAGUAUGCAAAGAAAAACUAAUGUGAGACUACCUCCAGAGAUAAACAGAGUACUGUACAUCAGAAAUUUACCAUAUAAAAUAACAGCUGAAGAAAUGUAUGAUAUAUUUGGAAAAUAUGGGGCUAUUCGUCAAAUUAGAGUUGGUAAUACUCCAGAUACACGAGGAACAGCUUUUGUUGUGUAUGAAGAUAUAUUUGACGCUAAGAAUGCUUGCGAUCACUUGUCAGGAUUCAACGUUUGUAACCGAUACUUAGUAGUUUUAUAUUAUCAGUCUACCAAAGCUUUUAAAAAAUUGGAUACUGACAAGAAGAAAGCAGAGUUGGAAAAAGUAAAAAUGAAGUAUGGCCUGAAUGAAGACAACUAAUUAUUACUAAUUUACUAUUGUGAUAUAUAUAUAUAUAUAUAUAUAUAUAUAUACAUAUAUAUUAACCCUUUAGUGCGCAUUAAUUACCAGUGUCUCACAUUUCCCACUAUUUUGCUCAUUGGGGUUAAAAUUAUGUUAAAUCAAGUGUUUUUCUUUCUGUGACUGAUUUUGAUUGAUCUAGAUUAUAGAUUAUUUGUAUAUAUUAUUUGUAUUUUGGAAAAAUAAUAAAAUAUUGAAUUU